CCCAGGAGUAGCAUUCAUCCAGCUUCUACAACUGGUCAAAAAUGAUAAAGUUUAACCAGUGUUUGAUUUUGAUGUUAAUUUUUGCCAGCACAGCUUAUGGUGUAACAAGGAAAUAUUAUUUAGGAAUUGAGGAGAUAGAGUGGGAUUAUGCUCCAAGCAAAAUAAAUCUGAUUUUGAACAAACCUGUGGCAGAAGAUGAGCAUGCUGCCAUUUUUCUUCUGCCUGGACCAGACAGGAUUGGAAGCAUUUACAAAAAAGCAGUGUUCCAGCAAUUCACCAAUAGUUCUUACAAAGAAAAAAUCCAAAAGCAAGAAUGGCUGGGCUUUCUAGGACCAAUUCUAGCUGCCGAAGAAGGAGACACUGUCAUCGUGCAUUUGAAAAAUUUUGCUUCCAGGCCUUACAGUCUUCACAGUCAUGGAGUGAAAUAUGACAAGAAAAAUGAAGGUGCAUUUUAUCCUGAUAAUACCACAAAUGAACAAAAGCAAGAUGAUCACAUUUACCCUGGACAGAACUUCACAUAUACUUGGGAGGUAUCUGAAAGUCAUGCACCUACCACAGACGACGACAACUGUAUGACCUGGAUAUAUCACUCACACAUUGAUGCUCCAAAAGAUAUAUCAUCAGGGCUUAUUGGACCUCUGAUUACCUGCAAGAAAGGGUAUCUGGACAUAUUUGGGGAAAAAGAGGCAGACUACAUGUUCGCCUUGAUGUUUUCUGUAGUUGAUGAAAAUUUAAGCUGGUAUUUAGAUGAUAACAUUAAAAAGUACUGUUCUUCUCCUGACAAAGUGGACAAAGACAAUGAGGAUUUUCAAGAGAGCAACAAGAUGCAUUCAAUAAAUGGUUAUGUCUAUGGAAAUUUGCCUGGAUUGGCCAUGUGCUCUGGAAGCAAAAUCCGUUGGCACCUCUUUGGCAUGGGUAAUGAAGUUGAUGUUCACUCUGCCUUCUUCCACGGACAAAUCCUUACAGACAGAAACCAUCAUGUGGAUACCAUCAGUCUGUUUCCAGCCACAUUUGUUAGUGCAAAAAUGGUCCCUCGGAACCCAGGGAAAUGGCUACUUAGCUGUCAAGUCAAUGAUCAUGUUGAAGCUGGGAUGCAGGCAUAUUUUCAAGUAAACCAGUGUUUCCCUCCAUGGCAACAAGCCAAAAUCAAUGGGGUAGAAAGGAGGUAUUUCAUUGCUGCUGAAGAGGUCCUAUGGGAUUAUGGGCCAACUGGGAAAAACCUCUUCACUGGAGAUCCAUUGACUGUCGAUAGUGAAGCACAAAUAUUUUUUGAAAACGGACCCCAUAGAAUUGGAGGAAAAUACAAAAAGGCUGUUUUCACAGAGUAUACUGAUGAAUCAUUUAAAGCACGGAAGAAACGGAAUAGUUCAGAAGAGCAUCUUGGGAUUCUGGGGCCAGUCAUAAGAGCAGAAGUUGGAGACACCAUCCAUGUGACAUUCUGGAAUAAUGCAAGCUAUCCUUUUAGCAUUCAGCCUCAUGGAGUGCAGUAUACCAAGAACAAUGAGGGUGCUUUCUACAGCAUUAUUCCGGGGCGACACGAGACCCUGUCUCCUGCCUCCCAUGUUCUUCCUGGAGAGAAUUUUACUUAUGAAUGGACAGUCCCUGAAGACACCGGACCAAUGCUUGAUGAUCCAGACUGCAUCACUUGGUUCUAUUAUUCAGCAGUGGAUUCAAUUAAAGAUACCAACUCUGGCCUUGUUGGACCUUUGUUAGUGUGCAAGAAAAGGACUCUGGUAUCAGGCAAGCAGAAAAAUGUAGGGAAAGAAUUCCAUUUGCUCAGCACUGUAUUCGAUGAGAACCUCAGUUGGUAUUUGGAUGACAAUAUAAAGAUAUUUGCCCAGAGUCCCAAUGAUGUAGACAAGGAAAAUGAAGACUUUCAAGAGUCAAACAAGAUGCACUCAAUCAACGGAUACAUGUUUGGUAACCUGCCAGGGCUGAACAUGUGCAAAGGGGAGAAGGUUUCCUGGCAUAUCACUGGCUUAGGAACAGAAGUGGACAUCCACAGCAUAUUCUUCCAGGGCAACACUUUCUUGAUGAAGGGAAUGAGAAGAGAUGUAGUCAGUGUCUUUCCUCAUACAUCUGAAACUGUCAUUAUGGAGCCUGAUGCCUUAGGAAGGUUUAAUGUGAAAUGCAGGACCACAGAUCAUUUAAUAGGUGGAAUGAAACAAUUCUAUCAAGUAGAAAAGUGUCAGUGGUGGAACAUUCCUUUCAAUCCAAUUACAUUUCAUGAGAAAACCUACUAUAUAGCAGCAGAAGAAGUGGAGUGGGAUUAUUCACCUGACAGGACCUGGGAGACCGAAAGACAUCAGUUCCAAAAUGAAAGCCCUGGAAAUGCCUUCAUAGAAAAAGAGGACAAGUUCAUUGGCUCUAAAUACAAAAAGGUUGUUUAUAGAGAAUAUACAAACAGUAAAUUUAAUACAUUGAAAGAAAGAGGAGAAGAUGAAAUGCACCUGGAGAUUUUAGGACCUCUAAUCCAUGGUAAUGUUGACGACAGAAUAAAAAUUGUAUUUAAGAACAAUGCCAGUCGCCCUUAUUCUAUACAUGCACAAGGUGUGAAAACAGAAAGCCCUAAAGUUUAUACUACGUCCCCAGGUGAAGUGCAUACCUACACGUGGUACAUCCCAAAGAGAUCUGGUCCUGGAGAUAGUGAUUUUGAUUGCAAUGUAUGGGCAUAUUUUUCCACUGUGGAUGCCGUCAAGGAUAUGUUUAGUGGUUUAGUUGGCCCUUUAAUUAUUUGCAAAAAAAGAAUCCGUGAAACACUUGGGCUGAAGAAGAAGCAAAAGGAAUUUGCUCUUUUGUUCAUGAUCUUUGAUGAAAAUCAGUCUUGGUAUUUGGAUGAAAAUAUUCAGACAUAUAUCCAUAACAGUACCCAGGUACAGAAGGACAGUGAAGAGUUCAUGGAAAGCAAUAUGAUGCAUGCUAUUAAUGGAAAGAUAUAUGGAAACCUAAAAGGUCUGACCAUGACAGCAGGGGAAAAAGUAUCCUGGUACCUCAUGGGGUUUGGGAAUGAAGUGGAUUUACACACUGCCCACUUCCACGGACACAGCUUUGAUUACAAGAUGAGUGGGACCCAUCGUGCAGAUGUGUUUGAUUUGUUCCCUGCUACUCUACAAACAUUGGAAAUGACUCCUCAGUAUCCUGGGAAUUGGCUCUUGCACUGUCAUGUGACUGAUCACAUCCACUCUGGCAUGGAGACAACAUACACAGUGCUAGAGAAAGAGGAAUCAAAGAGCACUUUCAAGAAUAUAAAAUCAUUUUUAAAAGAAAAACUUGGAUAAGAAGAGACGAGGCAACCAAAAUAAUCCACACAUUUGGCUGGCUUCUGUUAUCAACAUUGUCUUUUCCCAGACAAUAAAUCUCAGAACAUUUUCAGCUGUUCUCUAUUAUUAUUAAAAAUAAACUUUUUUCAAAAUA